AGAGAGAGAGAGAGAGAGAGAGAGAGACAGAGUGGACCGGUCUUGGGUUUCUGUCACUACUUUAGCGUAUCCAGCGCGCCAAAAAACCUGCGGCUUUUAGGGGUGCUGGUCAGUCUUUCGCCUUCUCGGACAACAACCACCAUUAACGACUCUCCCUCCGUCUCUUUCCUCUCGUAAAACCAACCCCUUCUUGCGGUUUCGCACGAAGUACCUUUUGUUUUGUGAGAGUUUGAUUCUUGCGCAAUUCUUGAUUGCCCAAGUGUUCAGACACCUUUUCUGAUCUUUCUUAAGAGCAGUCAGCGCUGAAUCAGACCGAGUCCUUGCCCUGUCUCAACUCUAUAGGAAGCGUCGAAUCUUGGAGGAGCAAACUCCGAGGUUCCAGGGAUAAAGUCGGGCCUCGCGACAUAACUGUCGGUAAAUAGCUAAACGGCCAUUCAAGACUUUAGGCGCACUCUUGCUUCGACCUCUCACAGAUGGAAGGGGACAUUGAGUGCGGAGAUCACGGUAUCCGACUGCAGAACAGUCAUCCCGGUUGCUGGUUUGGGUUAUUUCACGUCUUCGACUAUCAUUACUGGCGUCCCAUUAGGAGAGCGCUUCACGGAAAAGAGCGUCGAGGAAGAAAGCGCCACGGACGUAAGCCAUGUUGCGCUACACCGAAAACAAUCUCUUUCAGCUGCGACACUAGUCAAGGGCAAGAUGAAGCAGAGCAUCUACUGCAGGAACGGCCUAGAGUAGAAGCUAAUUCUCUCAACGAUGUUCCUGCGAGUAGCACCAGAGAGCUACUUGCUAAAGAUGCACCUGAGGAACAGAUCCAUCAAGAUUGGAUCUUGAGCGUUCUUCUACGUCGACAUCACCGCACCGAUUCCAUCCUCGAUGAAAUAAAAGCUGAAUGGAAGGAUCCCAUUAUUAUCCUUCAUGAUGGAGCCGACACUCCGAUCCCCACAUUGCAAGACCUUUAUUCACUAAGGACAGGAGAGGAACUUGGUGCUGGAAAGAGAGCACACCUUCUCGAGAGAGGUGGAGAAGUGAAGCGAAAGCUGAUGGGCGUUGGGCAGGGCGAGAAAAAUUUGCAGCAGCACAACAAAGAUAAGGCCGAGACAGAGAGAGUCAAGGUAAACACGGAUUUCCUUCCCAAUUUCCCCCACCAGCAAGAUUCACACGCGGGAAUUGCGAAACAAUAUGAUGGCCAGCAAACUUCCAUUAGAAAAGCAAGCUUCACAAAGUCUCGAUCAUUUCCUGUGGCCGAUGCAUCAGGCGUUAGAGAUUAUCCAAGCACUCUUAAGCACAAGCAAAGUGAAAUGUGGUCUUUGCCAAAGGGUGAAAAUCCGACAAUGAUCACUCCAGGGCCAAGAAUUACCUCAUCCAACUUGCUACAAAAUCACGAAAUACAAUCAGUGCAAAGCAGUGCCAUGAAGCAAGAAGUUACGGUUUCUUCCUCGGGCAACUCCCACCCAAAAAACGUGCACGGAUGGAAUCAGACGGUCAUGAAUCAGAUUAAACGCAUUAAGCAUAGAAUAAGGCGUGCAUUUAAAGAAGAAAGAAAAGAAAAUGCGACAGUGGAUGCUCGCCUUGACAGAAUAUCCCCCGGAUCUAGUUCUGCUGCCGACACAAAUGAGAUUUCUGAAAAAUCCCAGUACCAAGAUGGCGAAAACUGGACCCCUGUGGGUAAGCUACACAGCAUGGAGAGAACUUCCUCUCUACAUGAAUCGCUGGAUAGAUAUGCUCAGUUAUUCGAGAAUGUUUAUGGGAGGGAGCCUAACCUGCAUCAUUCCAAGAGCCUAAAAUUGACAAACGAAGACAGGAAUUCCUCGGGUGGAAAUACGCGUAAAUAUACCAGAAGGAGACUUUCCCUUCCGGAUCCUGAAAGCCUAUCUUUCCUCCUAGGUGUGGUGUCUUUAGAUGCUCUCUGUUCAGAAAUGCGAGAGUGGAAGGAUGGGGAUUUCUGUGUGAAAACCGAGUGUGAUUCGGGUAGCAAAUUAAAUUCUUCAGCUAUUCCUUCGAAUCCUGAUAGAAGUACUCCGUCGCAUGAUAUCCCGGAGGUCAAGUUCCUUGAGAAUAUUAAAGAAGAAGACAGAGAAGAAGAAGAAGAAGAAGAAGGCGAUGAUGAUGAUGCAGAGACUAGUACUGAACUGCGCUCCAGCACGGUUGUUGCUUUAGAUCAGAAGACUGUUAUAUAUAGUGACAAUGUUGUUGAAUCAGCAAGGGAGGAUAACCGUUCCCUGCAUGAACGGGAGAUGUCUAUCACAUGGGAAGCCAUCGGUCAAGUAGAUGAACUAAGUUCAGUUUGUAGACCCAAACCCUCUCCAAAGGACGACGAAGCUACAACAGGGGAGUUCUUGCCCUCAAACGGUUGCAUUCAUCUGGAGGAGCCGGGUUCUCUUGCGAACCUGCCCAGCAGCUCUGUCCUGGAAGCUUUGUCAGCAUCUUACGAGGCUUUAAAUGAUACAGACACUGGAAUGAAAAACAACAUCGUAAACCGCUUCUUAAAGCCUUCGCAUUUGGAAAAAAGGGACGAGGCAGACUUUAGCUACGUAAGUCACUUGCUCGACCUAUCCGGUAUCUUCAAAAGUGAGCAAUUUGAACAGUGGCAAACCGCGGAACAACCACUGAAUCCUGAGUUAUUAGACGAUAUGGAGGAUUGCGCAGCAGACCACGAGCUAGGAUGCUCAGAUGAGGUUGUCAGUACUUACAGCGACCACCAGCUUCUGUUCGAUUUAGUCAAUGAAGCGCUGCUCGAGAUCUUCCAGCGAUCGUCCGCUUUCUUCCCCAAAGCCUUCUCCUUUACAACCAACGUCAGACCGAUCCCGAAGGGUCAGCUUAUGCUCGAGGAGGUCUGGAAAAGAGUGAACCGGUAUCGCACGAGGCCGGAGCUGGACCAGACAUUUGAUGACGUGAUGGCUCGGGAUAUGGCGAAGGGAGAUGGUUGGUUGAACCUCCAGUGGGAAGGGGAGUGCGUCGCGCUCGAAUUGGAGGAUUGGAUUCUUGAUGAUCUCUUAGAUGAAGUACUGAGUCCUUGAGAGUUGAGCAAGUUGGCAGCAUGUCAUGAGACCGAGAUGUCUUCUCAACUUAUGCUAGAGUACUUGCUAGUAAAGGGGCCAGAACUUAAAAGGAUUUUAGAGUCGGUUUUUAUACAACACAUCUGUUCUGCGUCUUAAUAGACAAUUAGUUCGGUAUCGAGGCAUGAUCGUAAAGAAUCUCUUUCUUUUUCUUUUUGUAUAUAUGUUAGUACGGGUCGUGAGGGAUCCAGAGUCAUUCGUUGGAUGUCGAUAGAUUCGUCAUUGUAUUUUGCUCGGUUGGAUUAGUGUGAUUGAGAGUUCAUUAGCUCCACCAU